UCCCAGCAUUUCCCAUACUAAAGGCGGUCUUGGGCUGAAAAAAGCACACGCUUGGCCUGUGGUUGGCUCGGAAUUUCUCCAGUCCAGUGCCCACCGUGAUGUCCACUACUGCCCCAUCAACUGCGUCGCCUUCGGUCGUCCGCAGUCACUCGACUUCCUCCCGAUCUCCCUCCUAUCGUCCUCCCUCAUCCGAGCUCCCUCACCGUACCCGAAGUGUUGCUGUCCGACCUGCGACAGCCUCCCAACCACAACCACAACAUCAACAACCACCAUCCUCGUCGCAAUAUCACUACCAAUCCCAGUCUCGUCACCUCCCAUCCCAUUCCAAGUCUCAGUCUUAUGAUCGUCGGCCCCCUGCGAACCAGGCUGUUUUUGACACCAUAGCCCGUCGGGAUUUUGACGCUUCUCGCGGAGCUCCCCCAGUUACUCCCCGAAGGGAAUCCUCGCGGGACCGUUCACAGGAGCGCCCUCCCACCUCCUACCGUCCCGAUUCCUCCUCCAACAAGCACCGGAGAAAUUUAUCAGUUCAAGGCCAUCAACGAGACAGUGUCGAUAUGGCGACUGCGGGCCCCGUCAUGCCCGAGGGUGUCGCAGGACAGCCCCAGGCUGCCGCCGCUCAUUUACAUCCGGCUAAUCCCGUCCAGUCAAGGCGUCGCACAAUGAUCACCACGCCCACCGGUCAGUGGGCUUUGGGCAAGACGUUAGGUGCCGGCAGUAUGGGUAAAGUAAAAGUUGGGAAAAACAUGGACACAGGAGAACAGGUGGCCGUCAAGAUCGUACCUCGGCAGUCGACCGAAGAGCACCGCAGCUCGCGCGAGGCCGAACGGGCAGACCGCUCGAAGGAAAUUCGAACAGCGCGUGAAGCAGCUAUCGUCAGUCUCGUCAACCAUCCUUAUAUUUGUGGUAUGAGGGAUGUAGUAAGGACCAAUUACCAUUGGUACAUGCUGUUUGAGCUCGUCAACGGGGGUCAGAUGCUGGACUACAUCAUUUCCCAUGGAAAACUCAAAGAAAAGCAGGCACGCAAAUUUGCCCGUCAAAUUGCGAGUGCAUUGGACUAUUGUCACCGCAACAGCAUCGUGCAUCGCGACUUGAAGAUCGAGAACAUCCUUAUCAGCAAGACUGGAGACAUCAAGAUCAUUGAUUUCGGUCUCAGUAAUCUCUUCUCUCCACGAAGUCAACUCAAAACCUUCUGUGGAAGUCUUUACUUUGCUGCCCCCGAGUUACUGCAGGCAAGGCAGUACACUGGCCCAGAGGUGGAUGUUUGGAGUUUUGGCAUUGUGCUCUAUGUUCUAGUAUGCGGUAAAGUUCCGUUUGACGAUCAGAGCAUGCCCAAGCUGCAUGCCAAGAUCAAACAAGGCGUUUUCGAGUACCCUCCAGGCCUCACUGCAGAGUGUCGUCAUAUCAUCUCGCGCAUGCUGGUUACUGAUCCCAAACAACGUGCAAGUCUGACUGAGAUCAUGAAUCAUCCUUGGAUGAACAAGGGCUUCAAUGGCGCCCCUGAAAAUUAUUUACCGUACAGAGAACCCAUAACUCUGCCUUUAGACGCCGAAGUCAUUGAGAAGAUGACGGGUUUCGACUUCGGACCCCCCGAUUAUAUUACUGCGCAGCUCACCAAGGUCAUUGAGUCUGAGGAUUACCAACAUGCUGUAAAAGUCAGCGCCCGCGAACAACCCGCUCCAAGCUAUACAGAGAAAAAGCGAGGGGUGUUCGAUUUCUACAAACGACGGAACUCUGCCAGCAGGGACACGCUGUCCGCGCCGUCCGCGGAAGCCGUUCAAUUGGGCAACGACCCAAUAAAUGCCUACAGCCCGCUAAUUUCAGUCUACUAUCUGGUCAAGGAGAAGCUGGACAGAGAAAGAGCCGAAAAGAACCCUGGAGCAUUGGGAGUUCCACACGCAUCCGGGGAUUCAAUGCUUCAGAUGCCAGAUCUUCCAGCGCCGGAGGCCGCUCAUACCAACCAGUAUCACGUUCCAGGAGAGAAGGACAGUGGAAGAAGGUCGCGCCCUAGGGCACGAACACAUGGUGAUGACGACUUGGCGGAUGGUAUCAAGAAUCUUCACCUGGGCCCGCAGACCGGACAUUCCCCGGGUCCUGCGUUGUCGCAGCCAGAAACCCCAGCGAGGAAAGAAAGCACGGCAGCGGGUAUUUUGAGACGGUUCAGCACGCGCAGGACAAAGGAACGCAGCCGCGACCCGGAGCGCGGAAGACUUGGCAGUCCCCACACCCCGGCACUCAACGUUCAGCCACCCGCAGACUUGGCCUCGCCGCUAUCCAGAGGGUUCAGUGUGAAGAGGACCCGACGCGCAGAUCCAUCUCCAACAGCUGUUCCACCCGGGCCGAAUCAACUCCCGCAAAACGAUUUCCUCAAGGCUCCAGGAUCAGCGGAGCCGGCUUCGCGGUCCAACAAGUUCCUGGAAAGAUCUGCUAGCGUCAACUCGGCUGACUAUCGUCCUCGUCGUUCACGGCGAAAUGACCCUGACGCGACGGGCCAACCACCGCCAAGCAGCGGAUCCGAUUAUGCCAAUGUACAGAAAGAGCCGACGGCUGCGAGGGAAACAAAACUAGGCCGCGGCCAUACCGCCCGGACAAUGUCAUUAGGGCAUGCUCGUCGGGAAAGCAUUCAAGCCCGUCGAGCUAGGCGUGAUGCUACCCGAGAAGCAAAUGUGCCUGAAGAGACGGAUGCGGAUAUUACUGGAGCAGGCACUGCUCUGGAGAGCGCCAAUGAAGGGGAGGACCUGUCCAAGCCCGUAUACCUCAAAGGUCUCUUCAGUGUUUCGACCACAAGCAGCAAGCCUUUGCCUGUAAUCCGAGCGGAUAUCAUUCGCGCUCUGAAACAACUUGGUGUCGACUACACGGAGAUUAAGGGAGGCUUUAGUUGUCGUCAUGCCCCGAGCAUUGACCUGGAUACAGUAAUGGAUGUUGGGCCACCAAGCCCGGAUCGGCAGGGUCAGAUUUCGGGCCAUCGUCGGCGCAUAAGUUUUGGAGGGUUGUUGAGCCACGACGAAGGCAGAGAGGAGCUACGGCAGAUGCCCCGCUCCCACCGUCGGGCCCGAGCGCCACCUGACCACAGCUUUGUGACCACUCCUGAGGGCUCUGACGAUGAAGCCGGUCCUCGGCCAAGCCGCGACCUUGGGGUGGUUGGAGAACGUGUAAUGGGUGAGACAACGACACGAGUCCAGAGUGACACAGGAGAGAAUCUGGUACUCCGAUUCGAAAUUCUCAUUGUCAAGGUACCUCUGUUCUCGCUGCAUGGAAUUCAGUUCAAAAAAGUGGCCGGUGGUAUGUGGCAAUAUCGGGAGAUGGCGAAGAAGAUUUUGGACGCCCUGCGACUCUGAGUGCAUCUUGAUCUGCAUGAUACGCUAUGAACCCAUUUGCAUGCCGAUCAAAAUUGAUUUGAUCCACGAAGCAUUUGCAUGAGCAUGACGUUUUUCUUUUGU